UGUGACCUCAGCCUCUCAGUGCCAGCUAUGAGUUCCUGCAACUUCACACAUGCCACCUUUGUGCUUAUUGGUAUCCCAGGACUAGAAGCAGCUCAUUUCUGGAUCGGCUUCCCCCUCCUUUCAAUGUACGCCGUGGCAGUGUUUGGAAACUGCAUCGUGGUCUUCAUCGUAAGGACAGAACGCAGCCUGCACGCCCCCAUGUACCUCUUUCUCUGCAUGCUGGCCGCUAUCGACCUGGCCUUAUCCACAUCUACCAUGCCCAAGAUCCUGGCCCUCUUCUGGUUUGACUCCCGGGAGAUUACUAUUGGUGGCUGUUGUGCUCAGAUGUUCUUUAUUCAUACUCUUUCAGCCAUCGAAUCCACCAUCCUGCUAGCCAUGGCCUUUGACCGUUACAUAGCUAUUUGCCACCCACUCCGCCAUGCUGCGGUGCUCAACAAUGCAGUCACCAUCCAGAUUGGCGUGGUGGCUGUGGUGCGUGGAUCCCUCUUCUUUGUCCCAUUGCCCCUGCUCAUCAAGCGGCUGACAUUCUGCCACUCCAAUGUCCUCUCUCACUCCUAUUGUGUGCACCAGGAUGUGAUGAAAUUGGCCUAUACAGGCACAUUGCCCAACGUGGUCUACGGUCUCACUGCUAUUCUACUGGUCAUGGGUGUGGACGUCCUGUUCAUCUCCUUAUCCUAUUUUCUGAUUAUACGAACAGUUCUACAACUGCCGUCUAAGACAGAACGGGCUAAGGCCUUUGGCACCUGUGUGUCCCACAUCAGUGUGGUACUGGCCUUCUAUGUGCCCCUCAUUGGGCUCUCUGUUGUGCACCGUUUUGGAAACAGCCUUAAUCCCAUUGUACAUGUUCUCAUGGGUGAUGUCUAUCUACUUCUGCCUCCGGUCAUCAAUCCCCUUAUCUAUGGUGCCAAGACCAAGCAGAUCAGGACUCGAGUGAUAGCUAUAUUCAAGAUCAGCUGUAGCAAAGACCCUCAGGGUAUAGGCGGCAGGUAA